AUGUCGUUCGGAUCAGUGGCACAGACGGAGUGGAUGCCCGAGCACUGGAAAACAGCUCUUCUGAAAGCUUUUGCUCGAUUCCCCGAUUAUCAGUUCGUGAUUCGAUACGUGUUGGACGACUUGAAAGUCGUCUUCGCACCGCAACUGUGCCACACAUUCUCAUGGCUUCCUCAAGCUGAUCUCCUCCUGCAUCCGAAAACGAAAGCAUUCAUUUCACACGGCGGGUACAACAGUCUUCAGGAGGCAAUCAACGCUGGCGUUCCUCUCAUCACUAUCGCUCUUUUCGGCGACCAGUUCAAAAACUCCAAAAUCGCCUUCAAACACGGUUUUGCGGUGAACGUCAAAAAAGGGGAACUCAGUGAAGAGACUCUAUAUGCUGCUGUCAAGGAAGUUUUAGAGAACGAUAAGUAA